CUUGGUGGAGAAGUCUGUGCUGUCUCUCGGGUCAGGGAAGGAAAUUACACAGUUCAUCAAAUAAUCUAUCCGUUAUACAUUAAAAGUACAUCGCAGAAUAUUUCUGAACAUGGAAGGCUACCACAAACCCGACGAGAAAACUCUUCAGGGCCUGAAAGACAUCGCCAAUAAACUGAGGAUUCAUUCCAUCAAGGCAACAUGCGCUUCAAACUCUGGACACCCAACCUCCUGCUGCAGUGCUGCAGAGUUAAUGUCUGUGCUGUUCUUCCACACCAUGCGCUACAAAGCCGACGACCCCCGCAAUGCCGCUAACGACCGCUUUGUCAUGUCUAAGGGUCAUGCUGCUCCUAUCUUGUAUGCAGCUUGGGCUGAGGCUGGCUUCGUCAAAGAGUCUGAACUGUUGAACCUGCGCAAGAUCGACUGUGAUCUGGAGGGACAUCCCACCCCUAAACUGGCAUUCGUCGAUGUAGCAACAGGGUCCCUGGGCCAAGGCCUGGGGGCUGCAUGUGGAAUGGCCUACACUGGGAAGUACUUUGACAAGGCCAGUUACCGCGUGUACUGCUUGCUGGGAGAUGGUGAGUGUUCAGAGGGGAGCGUGUGGGAGGCCAUGGCUUUUGCCUCCUACUAUAAACUGGACAAUCUUGUGGCCAUCCUGGACAUCAACCGCCUGGGCCAGAGUGAACCUGCUCCACUGAAACAUGACAUGGCCGCUUACCAAGAGCGUUGCAAGGCUUUUGGCUGGAACACAUAUGUGGUAGAUGGCCAUGAUGUGGAGGAGCUGUGUAAGGCUCUUUGGCAAGCUGAGCGCUUUAAAGGAAAGCCCACUGCCAUCGUGGCCAAAACCUUCAAGGGCAAAGGUCUCAAAGGUAUUGAGGACAUGGAUAACUGGCACGGCAAGCCCAUGCCUAAGGACCGCGUAGAAGAGCUUCUGUCUGAUGUAAAUGGCCGGAUCCUGGCCCCAAACAAACCCCUGACCCCUGAACUGCCCAAUGAGGAUGCCCCUCCUGUUGACAUCACGUCCAUCCGCAUGCCCAGCCCACCAGAGUACAAGGUUGGAGACAAGAUCUCCACCAGGAAGGCUUACGGUGUGGCCCUGAAGAAGCUGGGCGAUGGCAGCGAUCGUGUGGUCGCUCUCGACGGUGACACCAAGAACUCCACCUUCUCCGAUAUCUUUAGGAAAGCGCACCCCGAUCGUUACAUUGAAUGCUUUAUUGCGGAACAGAACAUGGUCAGUGUAGCUAUCGGUUGUGCCACUCGUGACCGCACUGUUGCGUUUGCCAGCACGUUUGCUGCCUUCUUCUCUCGUGCCUAUGACCAGAUCCGCAUGGGAGCCAUCUCCCAGUCCAAUGUCAACCUGGCAGGGUCACACUGUGGUGUGUCUAUUGGUGAAGAUGGCCCUUCCCAGAUGGCCUUGGAGGACCUUGCUAUGUUCAGAGCCAUCCCUACAUGCACUGUGUUUUACCCCAGUGACGGCGUGUCCACUGAGAAGGCUGUGGAGUUGGCAGCUAACACCAAGGGGAUUUGUUUCAUCCGCACCAGCCGGCCCGACACAGCCACUAUCUAUGACUCUGGGGAGAAAUUUGAGGUUGGCAGAGCCAAGGUGGUGCGUCAGUCCAACAAGGAUCAAGUGACUGUGAUUGGAGCUGGAGUGACUCUGCAUGAAGCUCUCGCUGCACAUGAUCAACUGGCUAAAGAAGGGGUGAAUAUCCGUGUGAUCGAUCCGUUCACCAUUAAGCCACUGGAUGCUGGCACCAUUGUAGCAAGUGCCCGUGCCACUGGAGGCAGGGUGAUCACAGUGGAGGACCAUUACAAAGAGGGUGGUCUUGGUGAAGCUGUGCUGUCUGCAGUGGCAGAGGAGCCUGGUAUUGUGGUCCAUCGCUUGGCAGUGAGCCGUGUGCCUCAGAGUGGCAAACCACAGGAGCUGCUGGACAUGUUUGGCAUCACUGCCAAGUCCAUUGUGGAAGCUGUCAGACGCACUUUCGCCAACUGAGGGCUAUACAGACAAAACCUCUUUCCCUUCCACAGUCUGCAGUGUCCUUUUCCACCACUUCUCACCCAGCACUCACAACCAGUGCCCAGCUCACCAACAUCCACACACCAGAGUAUCAGCUCAGACCUUGUACUUUCAUUAAGGGGAGAGCAAUGUGGCAAGCUAAAAAUGAAGCUAACUUCUCAUAGUUGGUACUAAUCUUCACUAAGCUCUACACAAGUCUCAUAGGCUAUCACGUGCAUCCCUGUUGAACAGUUUUGGCCUCUGUAGAUGAACAUAUUUGUUUUUGUUUUUCUAAUUUGUCGCCUGAGCUUAGCACAGGUGAAAAAAAUAGUGCCUAGUCCGUCCCAUUAAUACUCCACAGAUUUAGCAUGAAACCACAUGUUUUUCAUAUCUUGAGUAACAUUUCAAGUAACAUUCUUUUUGACUCAUUACUCACAGUAGUUGUGUUUGACACAGAAAGAUGUAAGAUUGUUUGGGUUUUUUUUGGUUUCCUCUGUUCCUAACCUCUUCAGAGUUGCACAUUGGGAUGUAAGAAGUAGUCUUAAAUGGCGUGUUUGGUCUUUCCCUUGAGACUCUUAUUCUGUUCUGUUUUCAUGGUAUUUCCCCUUGGUGUUGUAGGCAGAUCUCCCCAACGGUUAUUAUGUCCAUAAAGUGGUUAAAUACAAAUUUGAGUUAUUCAUUUCUGAGUGACAGCAGCGCUAUCAAAGAGCAAGGAUAAACCUUUUCCAUUCACUCGCUUGUUUUUGUCUGAACUACUGAAUUAAUGCAGUGUUGCUAUGGCUUCAGUCAGGCAUAUGACCUUAUGAGUUGUACCUGUGUGCAUCUCAUGUUACUGAAGGACCCAGACUGUCAUUGUUUGUGUGAACUUUGCCUAGUUUGAUAUUCAAUAAUAAAGUAACUGUCCACUCA